AUGGACAUCAACGAUCUCCUCAACAAGCCUGUGACGAUGAAGCUCACCAAGGACCACAUCUUCACGAUCAAGUCAUCGACCUUCCCCGACCUUCUCCCCGACAUCUUCUUCCGGAAGGCGAUCGAGGACGGCUCCUUUGCGUUGCUCCGCGAGAAGCAGCUCUUCAUCAGCGACGAGGGCUGCAGCAUCCCCGUGGUCACCGUCAACGGCAUAGAGUUUCAUAUCAUAGAGUUUCACAUCUUCGUCAAGGAGGACAAAGGCACCGAGCCCGAACCACGAGAGUUCGAGGACAAGAUUGCAAGCCUCGUCAUAUCCGCCAUGCAGCAGCGCUGGGCGAUGAAGGGCACGAGGCGGCAGUCAACGCUGGAGACCUACAAGGCGCUCAGGAUCAUGAGCAACAUCUUCAACUCCCUCUGCAUCGACACCCCGCUGCAGUGCAAGAUCGACAACCUCGCGAGGAGGAGGAGGAUGAUAACCUCCCAUACCGAUAAGACGCUACUCACGCAGGAUGGGAAGUACUACAUGCGUUUUGUCGGGUCCAAUGAGCGCGUCCUGGGCAUCAAACUCAGGAGCCUGCGGGAUGCCAAGAGGCGGUCGGAGGAGAAGCGCAUCGCCAGGAGGCAGGGCGUGGAGAUUCCAAAAAGGAGGAAAACCAAUGACCCCGCCCCGCCCCUGCCCCCCGUCAGAUUCGAGUCACCGGAGACGAUGCAAGCGCCGGACACUUGGUUUCCGGUUGUUUGGAAUUUGCAAUAA